AUGUCGAUCGAUUCAGCACCAUCAUCACCACCUCCACGAUUAUCAUUGUUUAAAAAUCGUGCUCCCACGCAUUUACAUCCGAAUAAACCAUUAGAUUCACAUAUAUCUCAAAGUGAACAAAAUCUAGAAAAACAACCAUCGAAAUCUCCUAAAAAAGAUCGUAUUCGUCAACAUAGAUCUCAAUUACGAAUUCGAGCUAUGUCUACAGAAGAUCCAUUACCUGAUACACCAGUAGAAUUAACACAAAUACCAGUACUUACAAAUAAAUCUGAUAACAAACGUGAUAAACGUACUAGUGAAAUAAAAUCAACAUUUGAAAAAGAUCAUCAUCUACCUCUUGAACAUCGUAACUCAAUUGCCCAAAUACAUUUCAGUUCUUUCUUACCACAUGCACUCCGUAACCCAAAACAUCAUCAAAAAACUAAUACAAAAGACGAAGCAAACACGACUAAUUUUACUGUUAACAACGUCACUACGAACGUUUCAAAUUCUUCAAUUCAUUUCUCGGAUACAAUAGCAAUGAAAGCAGAUUCACAAUCUCAAUUGAAGUCAACAACAGCACCUACAAAUGCUUCUCGAUUAGUAUCUUCGGAUAGUAGUGAACGUUUACUAUUACCUUCAAAUGAAGAUACGAUAUCAUCAUCAUCACUAUUUACCUUCGAUGAAAAUACAUCUGAAUCACGUUCGGCUGAAUCAUUCAUAUUUGAAUCACAUACACCAUUAUGUGUUUCUGAAAUUUAUCAUAAUUAUUUUUUCGACUAUUUUCAUAUAAAUUAUUCUGGUGUAUUUGAUGCUGAAGGUCCAUUUAUAGCAUCUCUACGUUGUAUUAACCAUAAAACAGCUAUGACAGAUACGUGUGAAGCACGUGCAAUUAUUCGUACUCAAUAUCGUAAUUGUGAUGUAUCUGAGACACUUAAUAGUACAAAUGAAAAUAGUAUUCUUCGAAUUUUAUUUCAUAAAGCACGUUUACCAUCAGUUCAAACAUAUGGACCUGUCGGUGAUCCAAAAGCGAAUGAAAAAAUUUAUUCAUUUGAUAAAAAAAAUGAUGAAAGAUAUAAUUGUAAAAUUGGUGUUAUUUAUCAACGUUUUAAUCAAACAAAUGAAUAUGAUAUAUUUAAUAAUGAUCAACCAUCAAAUGAAAUGUUAAAUUUUCUUGAUCGAAUAUCUCAACGUGUUAAUUUAAAAGGUUUUCAAAAAUAUCGUGGUGAUCUUGAUACAAAAAAUGGUUCACAUGGAGAACAUUCAUAUCAUGCUGAAUAUAAAAAUCAUGAAAUAAUGUUUAAUAUAGCACCAUUAGUACCAUCAACAAAUGCUGAUGAAAAAUGUACUAUAAGAAAAGGUUUAAUUGGAAAUGCAUUUGUUUGUAUUGUUUUUCAAGAACAAGGUGCAAAUUUUUCACCAGAUUUUAUUUCGGGAAAAGUUACACAAAUUUAUAUUACUGUACAACCAAUUAUAAAAGAUGAAAAACUUCAUUAUAAAAUUGGUAUGUGGCGUCGAAAUGAUAUAACAUCAAUAAUUGAUCCGCCUGGUGGAAUAUUAAUAUAUGAUAAAUCAUUUUGUUCUUAUUUUCUUACAUUAUUGCUCAAUUCAGUAGAUGUUGCUAUUAAAUCGCCAAGUCUUCGUUCACGUGUAUAUGAACAACGACAGCGAUUAAAAUAUGAAGAUUUACAAAAACUUUGUUAUGUAUUCAGUAUUAGUCCAAUACCUGAUUUUGGUUCUGAACUGGAUAAUUUUCAUCAUGUAAUGGAUACACAUCCUAAUGUACGUAGUGCAAGUUUUACAAGUAAUACAACAACUACAACAACCGAUACAAAUUCACAUUCUGGUCGUACAUCACCAGUAUCAUCGAAAAAGAAAGGUUUUUCAAAAAAAUUUUUCGGUGUAUUUUCAAAUCGAUCACCAUUAUCGCCAUCAUCAUCAUCGACAUCUCCAAAUCCACUGAAUAACGAUGGAUUAAGUGCUAGUGGACAAACAUUAUUAAUGCCAGGUGCACCUUUACCAUCAGGUCGAACAAGCAUUCCAGUAAAUAAGGAUAAUAAUCAUCGAUCACGAUCUUCAAAAACAAGUCAUGCACCUAUUAUUUUAAAUAAUUCAUCUAAUCAAAAAUUAUCUACUCAUAUAUCAGUUCCAUCAAAUAAUUUUGUUCCCAAUAACUCAACAGAAACUAAUACAUUAAAUACAUACGCUUUGGGUGUAGCACCACGUAAUCGUUCAAAUUCUUCGCCAGAAGAUGCUGUUAAUAUUAAUAAAUCCUCUUAUAUUCAAAUUAUGCGAACAAUACGAGAGAUAUGGUAUAUAUAUAUAUAUCUUGUACCCCAAAGAUUUUCAGUACCAACAAUAGCGGAACAUUUUUCAGCACCUCCUUCUGAGGAUGAUGAUACGGAAGAAGAAUCAAGUGAAGAUGAAAUAUAA